AAAAAUAAAAAUAAAAAAAAAAAAGAGAAAAAAAGAGACAGCGAGCAGCGAGUGAGGAAGGUGAGAGUCAGAUUGGAGAGUCUUUGAAAACCCUAAACGGAAAGAAUUUGGGGGAAAAAGAAAAAGAUGGGGAAAAAAAAAGAGGGGGCUCCGUAAAUUCCACUCGCUCAAACCCCUCGCGUGAGAGAUCUUCGCAGUCUCAGAUCGAAGGGCUAUCUUCUCCACCUUCUUCUUCUUCUUCCUCUUCCGUAUGUAAUAGAAAGAGAUAGGUAUCUUAAGAAACCAUUACUUGAAAGUAAACACUUCUUGUCAUGGACAUAGAUCUUAGGCUACCUUCUGGUGAGCAUGAUAAAGAAGGUGAAGAACCAACAGGGAUUGAUAACAUGUUAGAUAAUGAAGAAAAACUACAUAAUGGGGAUAUUGAAACUGGAAAUAUGGUUGAUAUUGUAGAUGAUGUACGUGCUGAAGAUGGUGGGGAUUUGAAUUCUCCGACUACAGAUAUUGUAGUCUUUAAAGAAGAUACGAAUCUUGAGCCACUUUCUGGUAUGGAAUUUGAAUCUCAUGGGGAAGCUUAUUCUUUCUAUCAGGAGUAUGCUCGGUCUAUGGGAUUCAACACUGCAAUCCAAAAUAGCAGGCGGUCAAAGACAUCAAGAGAAUUUAUUGAUGCAAAAUUUGCUUGUUCCAGAUAUGGGACCAAGCGUGAGUAUGACAAAUCCUUUAAUCGACCGCGCUCUAGACAAAACAAGCAAGAUCCUGAAAAUGCAACUGGUCGACGGUCAUGUUCAAAGACAGAUUGCAAGGCUAGCAUGCAUGUGAAGAGAAGGCCGGAUGGGAAAUGGGUUAUUCAUAAUUUUGUGAAGGAGCAUAACCAUGAACUUUUACCAGCCCAAGCUGUUAGCGAACAAACAAGAAAGAUGUAUGCUGCAAUGGCUAGACAGUUUGCUGAAUACAAAAAUGUUGUUGGUCUAAAAAAUGACCUGAAAAGUCCAUUUGAUAAAGGUAGAAAUUUGGCACUAGAGGCAGGAGAUUUGAAGAAUUUGCUUGACUUUUGCACACAGAUGCAAAAUAUGAAUUCUGACUUUUUUUAUGCUAUAGAUUUGGGUGAAGAUCAACGUCUGAAGAAUGUGUUCUGGGUUGAUGCCAAAAGUAGGCAUGACUACACCAAUUUCAAUGAUGUAGUGUCUUUUGAUACCACCUACAUUAGAAACAAAUAUAAAAUGCCUCUGGCUUUAUUUGUUGGAGUGAAUCAACACUAUCAAUUCAUGCUGCUUGGAUGUGCUUUGGUAUCAGAUGAAAGUGCUACAACUUUUUCGUGGUUAAUGCAGACAUGGCUGAAAGCAAUGGGUGGACAAGCUCCAAAAGUAAUAAUAACCGACCAUGACAAAGCAAUAAAAUCCGUUAUACCUGAUAUAUUUCCAAGUGCUCAUCAUUAUUUUUGUUUGUGGCAUAUGAUGGGGAAGGUUACUGAGAAUCUUGGUCAUGUAAUUAAGCGGCAUGAAAAUUUCAUCGCGAAAUUUGAAAAAUGCAUCCACAGGUCAUGGACAAUUGAAGAAUUUGAAAAAAGGUGGUGGAAAAUUCUGGAAAAAUUCGAACUCAAAGAGGAUGAAUGGAUGCAGUUACUUUAUGAAGAUCGAAAACAAUGGGUCCCUACAUUCAUGAGGGAUGCUUUUUUGGCUGGGAUGUCUACUGUACAGAGAUCUGAGAGUGUAAACUGCUUCUUUGAUAAAUAUGUACAUAAGAAGACGACUGUGCAAGAGUUCCUAAAACAGUAUGAAGCAAUUCUACAAGAUAGGUAUGAAGAGGAAGCUAAGGCAGAUUCUGAUACAUGGAAUAAACAGCCCACUUUAAAAUCUCCUUCGCCUUUGGAGAAAAGUGUCUCGGGGGUGUACACACAUGCUGUGUUUAAGAAAUUCCAAGUUGAGGUUUUAGGUGCAGUUGCCUGUCAUCCUAAGAGGGAAAGACAAGAUGAGACAGGCAUAACUUUUCGCGUUCAAGACUUUGAAAGGAAUCUAGACUUCAUUGUUUUAUGGAAUGAGAUGAAAUCAGAAGUUUCUUGCUUAUGCAGGUUGUUCGAAUACAAAGGUUAUCUUUGUAGACAUGCAAUGAUUGUUCUCCAAAUUUGUGGCCUUUCUGCCAUCCCAUCCCAAUAUAUAUUGAAACGAUGGACUAAGGAUGCGAAGAACAGGCACUUGACUGGAGAAGAAUCCGAUCACUUGCAAUCUAGGGUGCAAAGAUACAAUGAUUUAUGUCAACGGGCAAUUAAAUUGACUGAAGAAGGAUCUAUAUCUCAAGAGAGUUACAGUAUUGCAUGCCGUGCUCUUGAUGAAGCUUUUUCAAAUUGUGUGAGUGUGAAUAAUUCCAGUAAGAGUCUUGUAGAAGCUAGCACUUCAACCCCACAUGGCCUACUCUGCAUUGAAGAAGAUAACCAAAAUAAAAGUAUGGGCAAGCAAAACAAGAAGAAGAACCCAACUAAGAAAAGAAAGGUGAGCUUUGAACCAGAUGUUAUGGCGGUUGGGGCACAAGACAGCUUACAACAAAUGGACAAAUUAAACUCAAGAACAGUAACCCUUGAUGGCUAUUAUGGUGCACAACAGAGUGUGCAAGGAAUGGUACAAUUGAACUUGAUGGCACCAACACGUGAUAAUUACUAUGGAAAUCAACAAACCAUUCAGGGGCUUGGACAAUUGAACUCAAUAGCCCCAAGCCAUGAUGGCUAUUACGGCACUCAGCAAAGCAUGCAUGGGCUGGGACAGAUGGAUUUUUUCCGAGCACCGGGUUUCGCUUAUAACAUUCGGGAUGACCCCAACGUAAGAACAGCAGCACUGCACGAUGAUACAUCAAGACAUGGGUAAGGUCAUCAACUCAUUAAGGUGAAGGGGACGAUCUAUGUAAGCCAAUUUCUGUGUAAAGAAAGGGAAGUGUUUCAUGGCGUACUGAUGGAAGGAUUACUUAGGAGCCUGCUCUUUUGGUAUCUGUAAAAUAAGAAAAAGAUAGUUUAGGCUGUUUUUUUUUUUUUUUUUUUUUUUUUUUUUUUUGAUCUUUGUCAAUUUGUAAUGUGAGC